AUGAUCGUGGUUGGUCAGUGGUCCUGCGCACUUGUUGGCUACGGUGAAUUGUCCAUCAACAAUGAUUGGGUAUGGCGAAUGCCUAUCCUCUCGCAGCUGCUACCCCCGAUUCUGACGGUCGUCCUUGGCACGAUACUUCUUCCUGAAUCACCUUCGUGGUUAAUCCUCCACGGACAGCAUGAGAAAGCCAUCGCAGCCCUCCAUGAAUUCAACGGCCCAAACUACGAUGCUGCUGCGGUCGUCGCGGUGCUAGAGGCGGCGGUUCAGAGAGAGCGCACACUCCAAUCCGAAAGUGCGUCGUACCUCGAAUGCUUGAAGGGUGUGAAUUUGCGCCGCACUUUGAUCGUGUGUCUUGUAUACAUGGUCCAGCAGUUCGUGGGAGCCAAAUUCGUCCAAGGAUAUCUACCGUACGUAUCAAUAAACUGGUAA